CGCAACUGAUCCACUGAAAACAAUGGAGUUUGUCGUGUUGGAAACUUGGAAGACGUAAAACCACAAGCACAACCACACAACACAACAACAAAACCAACAAGCGAGUGAGCAGUCACAGCCUCUUCAAGCACCCACCCCACCACACCACCAACACCACCUCUCUCCUCCGAACCAAGCAAACAGCACACACCCGCCGAGAUCUGCAACCCACCCCUGAGAUCACGAUCCUCCACCGCCUCCUCCACUUCAAUUUCAUGGACACCCAACCAAGCAAAGCACCAGAAGUGGUGACUAUUGAUGUUCACGCUGCUAAACUUCUCAUCACUUCAGGCCAUCGUUUUCUCGACGUUAGGACGGAGGAGGAGUUCAAGAAGGGGCAUGUAGAUGUUGAGAAUGCUUUGAACAUUCCUUACAUGUUUAACAACCCUGAAGGAAGGGUGAAGAAUCCUGAAUUUAUGGAGCAGGUUUUAUCAGUUUGCAAACCAGAUGAUCACCUUGUCGUGGGAUGCCAAAGUGGGGUGAGGUCGGUCUAUGCAACAACUGAUCUUAAAGCAGAUUUCAAGAAUGUGUGCAAUAUGGGAGGAGGCUAUCUUGCAUGGGUAGAGAAUGGCUUUGCAGUGACUAAACCCUCGGAGGAGAAAGUGGUGCUUUGAAUAAUUUAUCAUUCAAUAUUUAUGACAUUUAACUGUAUUUUAGUUGAUGUAAUCUACUCUAUGUUCCACACAUCUUUCACCAAUAAGCAUUUCACAAAUCUAUUAUAGAGUU